CACUUACCGAAGUACUUGAAGCUUCAUGAUGUAUUCAACGCAACUAUUGUUUUACCUGUUAUCCUAUAUAUCCAUUGCAAAAGGGUAUAUACGCAUUGAUAAAAAUUUUUUUGACGAUGAAAAUAGUUAUUGGUCACAAUCAGGCAAUAGUUUAAACAAAUGGAGCGAAGAAAAUGAAAAAAGGACAUAUGAAGUUGUUAAUCAGCCGAUGUGUGGUAAUCUACCAUUUGAUGACAGUAUUUAUUUUUGCAAUAAUGGAAACAAAUACAAUAAACAACUUUAUCAGUUGUGUGGAAGUGGUGUAGUAUUAAAAAGCUCCUACCUUUGCAGUAAAGGUAAAUCAUACCCAAAAUCUGAAUACAGCCUUUGUGGAAAUGAAAUUUUUGAAAUUAAAAAAUGCUUUUGUUAUAAAUCUAAAAUAUUUGAAAAAAUAACUAAUGAAUUAUGUGGUAAUGAACUUAUCUUUAAAUUAACAAAUUUUUGCUUCAAAGGAAAGUCAUUUCUUCAAUCAAAAUACAUUAUUUGCAGUGAGAAUGUGUACGAUAAAAGUAUUUACUUCUGCUUUAAUAACAAAGUUUACAGCACAAUUGAUAAUGAAAUAUGUGGUGACCAUGUUCAUUUGACAGCUGAAUGGUUUUGUAACAACAAUAAAUCAUACAAAAAGAGCAACUACAAAUUAUGUGGAUCUAAUGUUUAUGAAAUAGCUACGCAAUUCUGCAAAAACAAUUUAGUAUAUUUAAUCACCUUGUACGAAGAGUGUGGUGAUGGAGUAAGUGAAAAAGCAACACAGUUUUGUUUCGAAAAUCAAGUAUUUAGCAUCUUAUCACAUGCAGUCUGUAAGAAUAAGAUUUACAAACUUAUCGAUUCCUUCUGCUUUAAUGACAUGGUAUUUACCAAAAUUGAUAAUGAAAUAUGUGGAGACCAUGUUCAUUUGACAGCUGACUGGUUUUGUAACAAUGAUAAAUCAUACAAAAAGAGCAACUACAAAGUAUGUGGAUCUAAUGUUUAUGAAAUAACUACGCAAUUCUGCAAAAACAAUUUAGUGUAUUUAAUCACCUUGUACGAAGAGUGUGGUGAUGGAGUAAGUGAAAAAGCAACACAGUUUUGUUUUGAAAAUCAAGUAUUUAGCAUCUUGUCACAUGCAGUCUGUAAGAAUAAGAUUUAUAAACUUAUUGAUUCCUUCUGCUUUAAUGACAUGGUAUUUACCAAAAUUGAUAAUGAAAUAUGUGGAGACCAUGUUCAUUUGACAGCUGACUGGUUUUGUAACAAUGAUAAAUCAUACAAAAAGAGCAACUACAAAUUAUGUGGAUCUAAUGUUUAUGAAAUAGCUACGCAAUUCUGCAAAAACAAUUUAGUGUAUUUAAUCACCUUGUACGAAGAGUGUGGUGAUGGAGUAAGUGAAAAAGCAACACAGUUUUGUUUUGAAAAUCAAGUAUUUAGCAUCUUGUCACAUGCAGUCUGUAAGAAUAAGAUUUAUAAACUUAUUGAUUCCUUCUGCUUUAAUGACAUGGUAUUUACCAAAAUUGAUAAUGAAAUAUGUGGAGACCAUGUUCAUUUGACAGCUGACUGGUUUUGUAACAAUGAUAAAUCAUACAAAAAGAGCAACUACAAAUUAUGUGGAUCUAAUGUUUAUGAAAUAGCUACACAAUUCUGCAAAAAUAAUUUAGUGUAUUUAAUCAACUUGUACGAAGAGUGUGGUGAUGGAGUAAGUGAAAAAGCAACACAGUUUUGUUUUGAAAAUCAAGUAUUUAACAUCUUGUCACAUGCAGUCUGUAAAAAUAAGGUUUACAAACUCAUUGAUUUCUUCUGCUUUAAUGACAUGGUAUUUACCAAAAUUGAUAAUGAAAUAUGUGGAGACCAUGUUCAUUUGACAGCUGACUGGUUUUGUAACAACAAUAAAUCAUACAAAAAGAGCAACUACAAAUUAUGUGGAUCUAAUGUUUAUGAAAUAGCUACGCAAUUCUGCAAAAACAAUUUAGUAUAUUUAAUCACCUUGUACGAAGAGUGUGGUGAUGGAGUAAGUGAAAAAGCAACACAGUUUUGUUUCGAAAAUCAAGUAUUUAGCAUCUUAUCACAUGCAGUCUGUAAGAAUAAGAUUUACAAACUUAUCGAUUCCUUCUGCUUUAAUGACAUGGUAUUUACCAAAAUUGAUAAUGAAAUAUGUGGAGACCAUGUUCAUUUGACAGCUGACUGGUUUUGUAACAAUGAUAAAUCAUACAAAAAGAGCAACUACAAAGUAUGUGGAUCUAAUGUUUAUGAAAUAACUACGCAAUUCUGCAAAAACAAUUUAGUGUAUUUAAUCACCUUGUACGAAGAGUGUGGUGAUGGAGUAAGUGAAAAAGCAACACAGUUUUGUUUUGAAAAUCAAGUAUUUAGCAUCUUGUCACAUGCAGUCUGUAAGAAUAAGAUUUAUAAACUUAUUGAUUCCUUCUGCUUUAAUGACAUGGUAUUUACCAAAAUUGAUAAUGAAAUAUGUGGAGACCAUGUUCAUUUGACAGCUGACUGGUUUUGUAACAAUGAUAAAUCAUACAAAAAGAGCAACUACAAAUUAUGUGGAUCUAAUGUUUAUGAAAUAGCUACGCAAUUCUGCAAAAACAAUUUAGUGUAUUUAAUCACCUUGUACGAAGAGUGUGGUGAUGGAGUAAGUGAAAAAGCAACACAGUUUUGUUUUGAAAAUCAAGUAUUUAGCAUCUUGUCACAUGCAGUCUGUAAGUAUAAGAUUUAUAAACUUAUUGAUUCCUUCUGCUUUAAUGACAUGGUAUUUACCAAAAUUGAUAAUGAAAUAUGUGGAGACCAUGUUCAUUUGACAGCUGACUGGUUUUGUAACAAUGAUAAAUCAUACAAAAAGAGCAACUACAAAUUAUGUGGAUCUAAUGUUUAUGAAAUAGCUACACAAUUCUGCAAAAAUAAUUUAGUGUAUUUAAUCAACUUGUACGAAGAGUGUGGUGAUGGAGUAAGUGAAAAAGCAACACAGUUUUGUUUUGAAAAUCAAGUAUUUAACAUCUUGUCACAUGCAGUCUGUAAAAAUAAGGUUUACAAACUCAUUGAUUUCUUCUGCUUUAAUGACAUGGUAUUUACCAAAAUUGAUAAUGAAAUAUGUGGAGACCAUGUUCAUUUGACAGCUGACUGGUUUUGUAACAAUGAUAAAUCAUACAAAAAGAGCAACUACAAAUUAUGUGGAUCUAAUGUUUAUGAAAUAGCUACGCAAUUCUGCAAAAACAAUUUAGUGUAUUUAAUCACCUUGUACGAAGAGUGUGGUGAUGGAGUAAGUGAAAAAGCAACACAGUUUUGUUUUGAAAAUCAAGUAUUUAGCAUCUUGUCACAUGCAGUCUGUAAGAAUAAGAUUUACAAACUUAUCGAUUCCUUCUGCUUUAAUGACAUGGUAUUUACCAAAAUUGAUAAUGAAAUAUGUGGAGACCAUGUUCAUUUGACAGCUGACUGGUUUUGUAACAAUGAUAAAUCAUACAAAAAGAGCAACUACAAAUUAUGUGGAUCUAAUGUUUAUGAAAUAGCUACACAAUUCUGCAAAAAUAAUUUAGUGUAUUUAAUCAACUUGUACGAAGAGUGUGGUGAUGGAGUAAGUGAAAAAGCAACACAGUUUUGUUUUGAAAAUCAAGUAUUUAACAUCUUGUCACAUGCAGUCUGUAAAAAUAAGGUUUACAAACUCAUUGAUUUCUUCUGCUUUAAUGACAUGGUAUUUACCAAAAUUGAUAAUGAAAUAUGUGGAGACCAUGUUCAUUUGACAGCUGACUGGUUUUGUAACAAUGAUAAAUCAUACAAAAAGAGCAACUACAAAUUAUGUGGAUCUAAUGUUUAUGGAAUAGCUACACAAUUCUGCAAAAAUAAUUUAGUGUAUUUAAUCAACUUGUACGAAGAGUGUGGUGAUGGAGUAAGUGAAAAAGCAACACAGUUUUGUUUUGAAAAUCAAGUAUUUAACAUCUUGUCACAUGCAGUCUGUAAAAAUAAGGUUUACAAACUCAUUGAUUCCUUCUGCUUUAAUGACAUGGUAUUUACCAAAAUUGAUAAUGAAAUAUGUGGAGACCAUGUUCAUUUGACAGCUGACUGGUUUUGUAACAAUGAUAAAUCAUACAAAAAGAGCAACUACAAAUUAUGUGGAUCUAAUGUUUAUGAAAUAGCUACGCAAUUCUGCAAAAAUAAUUUAGUGUAUUUAAUCAACUUGUACGAAGAGUGUGGUGAUGGAGUAAGUGAAAAAGCAACACAGUUUUGUUUUGAAAAUCAAGUAUUUAGCAUCUUGUCACAUGCAGUCUGUAAGAAUAAGAUUUACAAACUUAUCGAUUCUUUCUGCUUUAAUGACAUGGUAUUUACCAAAAUUGAUAAUGAAAUAUGUGGAGACCAUGUUCAUUUGACAGCUGACUGGUUUUGUAACAAUGAUAAAUCAUACAAAAAGAGCAACUACAAAUUAUGUGGAUCUAAUGUUUAUGAAAUAGCUACGCAAUUCUGCAAAAACAAUUUAGUGUAUUUAAUCACCUUGUACGAAGAGUGUGGUGAUGGAGUAAGUGAAAAAGCAACACAGUUUUGUUUUGAAAAUCAAGUAUUUAACAUCUUGUCACAUGCAGUCUGUAAAAAUAAGGUUUACAAACUCAUUGAUUUCUUCUGCUUUAAUGACAUGGUAUUUACCAAAAUUGAUAAUGAAAUAUGUGGAGACCAUGUUCAUUUGACAGCUGACUGGUUUUGUAACAAUGAUAAAUCAUACAAAAAGAGCAACUACAAAUUAUGUGGAUCUAAUGUUUAUGGAAUAGCUACACAAUUCUGCAAAAAUAAUUUAGUGUAUUUAAUCAACUUGUACGAAGAGUGUGGUGAUGGAGUAAGUGAAAAAGCAACACAGUUUUGUUUUGAAAAUCAAGUAUUUAACAUCUUGUCACAUGCAGUCUGUAAAAAUAAGGUUUACAAACUCAUUGAUUCCUUCUGCUUUAAUGACAUGGUAUUUACCAAAAUUGAUAAUGAAAUAUGUGGAGACCAUGUUCAUUUGACAGCUGACUGGUUUUGUAACAAUGAUAAAUCAUACAAAAAGAGCAACUACAAAUUAUGUGGAUCUAAUGUUUAUGAAAUAGCUACGCAAUUCUGCAAAAAUAAUUUAGUGUAUUUAAUCAACUUGUACGAAGAGUGUGGUGAUGGAGUAAGUGAAAAAGCAACACAGUUUUGUUUUGAAAAUCAAGUAUUUAGCAUCUUGUCACAUGCAGUCUGUAAGAAUAAGAUUUACAAACUUAUCGAUUCUUUCUGCUUUAAUGACAUGGUAUUUACCAAAAUUGAUAAUGAAAUAUGUGGAGACCAUGUUCAUUUGACAGCUGACUGGUUUUGUAACAAUGAUAAAUCAUACAAAAAGAGCAACUACAAAUUAUGUGGAUCUAAUGUUUAUGAAAUAGCUACGCAAUUCUGCAAAAACAAUUUAGUGUAUUUAAUCACCUUGUACGAAGAGUGUGGUGAUGGAGUAAGUGAAAAAGCAACACAGUUUUGUUUUGAAAAUCAAGUAUUUAGCAUCUUGUCACAUGCAGUCUGUAAGAAUAAGAUUUACAAACUUAUCGAUUCCUUCUGCUUUAAUGACAUGGUAUUUACCAAAAUUGAUAAUGAAAUAUGUGGAGACCAUGUUCAUUUGACAGCUGACUGGUUUUGUAACAAUGAUAAAUCAUACAAAAAGAGCAACUACAAAUUAUGUGGAUCUAAUGUUUAUGAAAUAGCUACACAAUUCUGCAAAAAUAAUUUAGUGUAUUUAAUCAACUUGUACGAAGAGUGUGGUGAUGGAGUAAGUGAAAAAGCAACACAGUUUUGUUUUGAAAAUCAAGUAUUCAAAAUAUUGGAGUUUGGUCUCUGUAAAGGUAGCCUUUUCAAACGUAUUGAUUCAUUAUGUUUUAAUAACGUUAUCUACUCUGCAAAUGAUAAUGAAGUAUGUGGAGAUAUUGUGCAUUCAAAAACGUUAUGCUUCUGUUUUAACAAUAAGUCAUACAAGAGAAAUCAGUUUGGUAUUUGCGGUAAUGACGUUUUUAAUUUAAGUAACUCAAUAUGUAAUGGGGGAAUAAUUUUUAGUUUAAGCGUUUAUGAAAUUUGUGGUCAAGUCAUUCAUUUAAAAGCUGAUCGAUUUUGUUUCAAUGAAGUUUCUUUUAGAAAAAGUGAUUUUAGUAUUUGCGCAGGCAACCUUUUUUCACUCAGUUCUUCAUUUUGUUAUGACAACAAAGUUUAUGAAAAAUUUUCCCACGAAUUAUGCGGAAAUGCAAUCAUGUCAAGAAUUACAAAUUUUUGUAAUGACGGAAUAUCAUAUUCUCGUACUCAAUAUAGAAUUUGUGGCCAGACAGUUUACGACAUCAACCUCUUUGUUUGCAGUGGAACAACUUUGUUUGACCUCAAGCUCUAUGAAGUAUGUGGAAAUGUUAUCUAUUUGAAAUCACAACGCUUUUGUUAUAAUGGAACAUCAUAUAACAAGCUUCAAUAUGGUCUUUGUGGUUCUGAUUUAUACAAUAAAUUAGCGUUUACAUGUAAUGCGAAGAAUCAAUUGGAAGCUAUUGUUUUGCCAUACUAAUUAUUUUAUAUUAUAGUUGAUAUAUUUGGAUAAAAUUUGUAUUAUGAUUGUUUAUGUUGUUGUACUUGAUUUGGAGAUUUUAAUGCAAACUUCAUUUUAA